AUGCCGGCUGAAACCACGGUGAGGGUACAGCUCAGUAAAUCGGACCCACCUAGCAAGUUCACCCUCAGUGGGGGUAAGCUGCCACUGGCAACCUUACGAGUCAGGUUCCCCUAUGCCACCGGGCUGGCGCACAGUGUACAGGAGGAGGAGAUCAUCCUUCCGCUUGAGCAGGACAUAAUACAGCCACCCCUGGAUGGAUGGGGGGAAGAAAUCUUCCAGGCCAUCAUCCCUGCGCAGCACGGGGAGACCAAGCAGGCAACAGUACCAGCAGCCCAGGGGUCUGUUGUACUCGCCCCAGAAAGGAAGGUACCCAUUUUUGAGGGUCGGGAGGAGGCAGCCGGUCGGUCAGUGCCGAUUGAUGAGUUCGUGACAGCCAUGAAGCAUGCCUUUGACCGCUAUGCAAUAAUGCCGCAUCAACGCAGUCAUUUUCUGCUGGAGUCACUCAGAGGUAGUCCACGGAUAGAGGCAAAGGCACUGAUGAAUGAUGGGGCUGGAGUGGAGGAGGUGUUGAAUUAUCUGGUCAGCUCCUAUGGGGAAAGUCUCACCAGCAGUGAACUACAGCGAAGGCUGUUGGAACGCCGCCAACGUCCAUGUGAAAGUGUGAGAGAUUUCUCUGUUGAGAUCCAACGACUUUUUCUGCGGCUGCAGAAAAAGGACGCCAAGGUCUACCAACACCCAGGCCAAAUGUUGAAAGAACAGUUUGUUGAUGGGCUAAAUGCGGAGGGCCUCCGUCACUCAUGCCGUGACCUGCUCGACCGCCGACCGGACAUUACUUUUACAGACCUGAAGAACUGGGCCGUCAAGAGGGAGGAGCGGGAAUCGGCCCGUGACCCUACCACUGGAGCUGUGGCAACCGGGACCGCCCCCAAAGACAGCUGGGCCAGAGUGGGGCGCGAGGCACUGGAGAGCCCAAGCUCCUCCGGGACCCUCACCUACAUGGAUGGAGUACUCCGGCGACAGUCAACCACCGCCAACACCGCCAACACCAACAGCAACCCUUCUAUGCUUCAAUUGUGGAAGCCCGGGGCAUUUUGCCCGCAAUUGCCCGUUCCCACGCCAGAGAGGCCCACAACGCCAGCAGCCCAACUCAACCCAGCAACAGCAACAGGUAAACCAGCACCCUCGGUCGUCGGGAGCCAGACAACCGGAGGGGUGGAGUGCGGCUCAAUAGAUCACCAAUUUUUUGAUAAGGCAGUUGCAGACUGCUUCUCCGUCCAUGUUUCAUUUGGUCCUCACCAAAUCCCCUGUUUAUUGGAUACUGGGUCAAUGGUUACUACAGUCACAGAGUCGCAUUACAACAAACACCUUAAGAGUCAUGGGUUCACAUUGAAGUCCAUCCCAGAACAUUUUCUGCUUCAAUCAGCGAAUGGGUCGAGCAUACCUUAUGUUGGGUGUUUCGAAACAGAUGUGAUGGCGCUUGGCGUCUACAUUCCCACAAGGCUGAUACUUGUUAUUAGAGAGGUGCGUGGCCGCGCAUCCACGCACAAUACACCACCUUGCAUCCUUGGCAUGAAUGUAUUGGCAGAGUGUUGGAGCCGUCUUGUGGCAGAUCAUGGCCAGGAUUAUUUGCAGAGGCUACACACCAACACCCAGAGGACAGCGUGGGAGAAGGCAAUGACGGUGGUGAAAAAACGACUACAGUUUACAGACCUGGACGGCCCAAUCAGUCGAGCGUACCUUCCCCGAGGCCCAGCUAUCGUGCUGCCAGCUGGCCAGAUGAUGGUACUGCAGGUAUCUGCUCGACCCGGGCCAGAUUGCAUGAGCUACCAGGCAAUCCUCGAGCCUCAUGAAGCGACCACCCUGCCCAACUCCAUUCAAAUCGGCAGGUGUCUAGUUACAGUAACAAAAGGCACGUUUGUGGUGUCAAUCACCAAUGAUAGUGCCUUUGAUGUUCUACUGCCAGGUCACACAUGUGUGGGUACUCUGUAUCAUGGGGAGUGGAUGGAGCAGCAGGGGACCGAUGCUGGCGAUCCGAGCAUUGUCACCCAAGACUCGGCCAAUCACCAAGCGUGGCAGACAUACUGCUCGUCGAUGGCAUCCGCCACUGAGUCUAGCAACCCGCAGAAACCUGACAUUGACAUGGGGAGUCAGCUCAGCGGGGAAGAGAAACACCAAUUUCAACAACUUCUACAGCGAUAUGAGGAGGUGUUCUCCAAACAUGAUCGAGAUCUUGGCUACACUGACACAGUGAAACACACUAUCCAUACUGGCGCUGCGGCCCCCAUUCGGCAGCGAUAUCGGUCUCUCCCUCCAUCGCAGUACCAAGAGGUGCGUAAACAUAUACAGGAGCUGUUGGAGGCAGGAGUAGUUCAGGAGAGUGUCAGCCCUUGGGCUUCCCCAAUCGUAGUCGUACGGAAGAGAGACCAAUCUAUACGCCUGUGUAUUGACUACCGGCGACUGAACGCAGUCACAACAAAGAAUUCUUUCCCAUUGCCACGCAUAGACGAAUCCUUGCAAGCGCUGGGUAAGGCGAAGUAUUUCAGCGUUCUUGAUUUGACCUCUGGGUACUAUCAGGUGGCCAUGGCAAAAGAGGAUAUGGAGAAGACGGCAUUUGUGACCCCUUUCGGCCUUUGGGAGUAUACCAGAAUGCCAUUCGGGCUGUGUAACAGUCCGGCCACAUUUCAGAGACUAAUGCAGCGGUGUCUUGGUGACCAGGCCUUGUCGAGCUUGCUUAUUUACUUAGAUGACAUAAUCGUUUUCUCAACCACUUUUGACGAGCAUCUGAAGCGACUCGAGUUGGUGUUUUCCCGACUACAACAGCAUGGCCUGAAGGUGAAGCCAGCAAAGUGUUCUUUCUUCAAGACAGAGGUUAACUAUCUGGGUCAUCUGGUGGUGGCAGGUGAGGGAGUAAGGCCAGAUCCCGAGAAGAUUGCAACUGUAAAGGACUGGCCUCAACCCACCACGGUCACUGAGCUGCGGUCGUUUUUGGGUUUCACCGGCUUUUUCCGGAAAUUCAUCUGCCAGUACUCAAGCAUUGCCUCCCCCUUGUUCGCUUACCUUAAAGGGCCGAUGAAAAAGGGCAAGACCAAACCAAGACCCCCAGGUGGGAAGGUUGAUCUGGAUGAUGCUGCAGUAUCUGCAAUAUCGACCUUAAAGACGCGGCUCACAGAGGGACCUGUUUUGCAGUUUGCCGACUUCAGCCAGCCAUUCGUUGUCGAAACUGAUGCAAGCUCCACUGGUCUUGGGGCUGUUCUGUCUCAACAGCAAGAGGACGGUUCCAAGGCAGUCAUCGCAUACGCCUCGAGAUCCCUACGUCCUGCGGAGCGCAACGACAGGAACUACUCGGCGUUCAAGCUCGAGCUGUUGGCUGUCAGAUGGGCUGUCUGUCAGGCCUUUCGGGAUUACUUGAUGGGCAACAGAUGCACUAUCUACACUGACCACAACCCCUUAAAAUACUUGGACACAGCUAACCUCAGUGCAGUUGAGCUGCGAUGGGUACAACAGCUCUCUGCAUUUGACUACCAACUAGAAUACCGCACGGGAAAGAGUAAUCAAGCUCCAGAUGCCUUGUCUAGACUCAAUCCAAAAUCCCCAGAUGAGCCACCCUGUCUUCAGAUUGGUCCUGAGGUGGAGAUCUCCUCUUGUGCAGUCCAGGCUAUAUGUGGCAGUGUUCACGCUAAUUCCGACAUUCCCCAUGCCCUCCUCCAUCAUAUACGAGUUGAGCGCCAUGAAGGCAGUCAGUGUCUUCCAGGCUACACUGCUGAAGAGCUACGGUCACUUCAAGAUAGGGACAUUAUCCUCCACAGAGUUCUGACCUACUUUGGGAGAGGUCACAAACCAAACAAACACGAGAGACGGGAUGACCCAAGAGAAGUGGCUGCAAUCCUGAAGCAUUGGAACCAACUCUUGUGUAAAGAUGGCGUACUCUACAGACGGUCAACCUUCAGGGGCGGUGUACAGAGUGAACGCCUUGUGACUCCAGCUCAACUGCAGGACAUUGUCCUGAGUUCCUUCCAUGAUGACAUGGGACAUUUUGGUGCACGGCGAACGCUCAAGCUGAUUCAGCCACUCUUCUUCUGGCCGAAGAUGGAAAGUUCUAUCAGAUCAUGGUGCCAGCGAUGCGAGAGGUGUGCAGUGGGUAAGCGACCCGUUCGUCAUACCAAACCACCCAUGGGGAACCUGCGGGCCACUGCACCUUUGGAGGUCAUCGCCAUGGAUUUCACGGUACUCGAACAAUCAUCCAGUGGCUAUGAGAAUGUACUUGUCCUAACAGAUGUCUUUACCAAGUUUGCUUGGGCAAUCCCAACGAGAAAUCAACGGGCUGACACCGUGGCUAGGGCACUCGUCAAGCAUCUCAUAACGCCUUUCGGGGCUCCGCUGAGACUCCACUCUGACAAUGGGAAGUGUUUCGAGGCCCAAGUCGUGCAGGAGCUCUGUCAGCUCUACGGCAUUGGACGAUCUCACACUACCCCAUACCACCCCCAAGGUAAUGGUCAAUGUGAACGUUUUAAUAGGACAUUACACAACCUCCUGGUGACCCUACCUGACCACAAGAAGUCCAGGUGGACAGAGUAUCUUCCCCAAUUAGUGGCCAUGUACAACAACACAACCCACUCCAGCACCGGUUAUGAGCCCUUCUUCCUGCUGUUUGGGAGGACAGCUCGGCUACCUCAACACCUUACUCUUGGGGUGGAUCACCAUCAACUUGGGGGAGUUAAUGCACAGCCUUAUGUAAAGAGACAUGCUAACCAGCUCGACCUGGCACGCAAGAUCGCAGUCGCCAAUCUCGAUAAGGCUGUCAAGACCAGAACGGCAGCCUACGAGAAGGACGUCUUCGAGAGACCCCUUAGUACUGGCGAAUAUGUCCUUGUUCGCAACCGUAGUCGCCGUGGCAGAGCAAAGAUCCAGAACUUUUGGGAGGAGACGCCUUACUUAGUCGUUGGGCAACCUUUUGAGGGACAGCCGGUAUAUGAGGUUCGCAACUUGGCGGGUCUCAAGAAAGUUCUGCAUCGUAGUGAGCUGAAGCACUGCUCGUGGGAGGUCCACCCAGUAGCAGCUGAACCAACCUUGGGAAGUAGCACAGUUACGAGUGCAUCCGACAACUCCACAAGUCAAAGCUCCUCCGAUGAUAGUGCCACACAUUGGGGAAAGAUCACCUUGACGGCUGAGCAGAAACCAAAUGUUGUAGCUCCGCCACCUCCCCACCAGCCUGGAGAUGAACAACCCAAUAUGGACCCCACGACACCUUUGAAUGUGCUGCCCAUUGAUCACCACCUUCCCCAAGAACUAGAACAACCCAAGGAUGACCAGAGCGAUAUAAUUGGUGCUGAGCCCCUCCCUGAUCCAGAACUGAUCACCCUUGACCCGCCGGAGGAGAACACCAUUUCCAAGGAUGACCAAAGCGAUUUAAUUAGUGUUGAGUCCCUACCUGAUCCAGAACUGAUUACCCUCGACCCACCGGAGGAGAACACCAUUUCCAGGGAUGACCGAUUGACAGCUGCACCGACUAUGACACAGGAAACUGAGGGGACACUGACUAGUGGUCCCAGCAGGAUGCACACAUCGGAUAGUACAGAGCCUGGCCGUAAUGACUCGGCAAACACCACAGUGCGACCCCGCCGUUCGAAACGGACGACUAAAGGGCGGCCCCCAACCAGGUACCAGUUUACUAGUGUCCUCCGGCUGCUUGACCAAGUGAGGAAAUUUGCCACACAGACAGAGAUAACCUCCGGGACCGAUUCCGACAUUGACUCUGAGUAAUGCCAGUGCACCCCAUGCCAGGACUGUUGCAUGAGCACGCUGAACUGAAUGAUAUCAUCAGUGAACCCUUCAUGGGCAUUGCCUAGUAGCAUUUGGCCAGCCUUGUUAGUUGCCUAUAUAAUCUUCCUAUUGACUCUAGAUGCAAUGUACGUUUAGCUUAAAUGAUUAGCAGAUAUAAUUUUGUAGGUUUCUUGUGCACUGCAUGUUAAUUCUCUAGUCGUCGGGGGCGACGACCUAUAACUUUGGGAGAGGUGUAGAGUUGGCGAGAUAGCGCCCCGUAUAGUGGUAUUGCAUCUAAAGCGUGAUAGUCAUAGUUGCUUUUCGAUGCAGUCGAGGUGCGCUAGAGUACAUUCAUUCGGAGUCUGUCUUACAUUUUUAGAAACCAGACCCUGUCUUGAUGUAUAGUUGUUGAUAAGCAAUGAGAUAGACACUACAUGUAGAUGGCGCUGAAGACGCAGGGAUAUUUGUCAUUUGCUAUUUUGCAGGAUUUAUUGAUGCCUGUAAAUAGUACUUUAGAGACGCAGUGGAUAUACAAGCAGUGGUUUAGGAUGCUUUCCUUGAACCUGUUGAUAGCAAGUUUCUUAUAAUCAUUAGUUAGUAUUACCGUAGGAUCGCAGUUUUAUGUUCAUUAUUGAAUUCUUUUCUAAUAUCGAAGUGCUGAAAGCUGUCAGACCUGUCUGGUGACAUGCUUUACCUUGUAUUGCCAGUCGUCGAGGGCGACGACCUAUUAGUGCUGGACGAUUGUAGGGUACAGGAACCCCCGUCCCUAAAUGGUACUGCCCAGCCAAGUGGACAGAGGGCUGACUGUGUUGGCUAUGCUGGUCAUUCAUGGCAGUGUAUGCAUUGAGUGAUCAGCAUAUCCAACAUAGUUCCCCUCUGCCAUCUCUUUUCAG